UCCCACACCAACUGGGUCUCCUUGCAACCAGCGUGGCAGAUGUUCUUCUAAUAAUGCGAACCCUCAGACAUGAAUUCACUGCCCACAUGCAAGGUAAAACAAUCACAGUUAGAGAAUGAUUCGGUUGCUCCUAUUGUCGGUCCGAGACGUUUUACCCAGCUGGGUACUUUACUGAAGGACUGGCCAGUCUCACCGGCAACCGCGGGUGCUUCACCCUUCACUGCCCUUUGGUUUGGCCUCCGGAUGAGAAAGGUCCUAACCUGGAAUGCACUGACAUGGACGCGUGGGGCCCAAGGCUUUGAAAAGCCGAGAUCGAAAUCCUAGAUUUUUUUGGCUGCACCCAAGGAUUUUAGCGCCGUAACUACACCAGGUGCAGGUCAAAGUCUCAUGCAUUCGGCCCGGAACAAAGGCGGCCGCCCUCCAACUUAUAAAUAGAGUCAACGAGGAAGCAAUCUAGAGCAGGUUGAUCUCAGGAGAGUUCCCAGUGUGGAAGUCGCCACUAACUGGGGAACUGUGCGAAGAGUUUCAGCCUAGGUCCACAAAGUAAGUCCAAUGGAAGGGUCAGAAGCCCCCCGAGUGAUCGACUACGUGUUGACUUACAAGAGAGGCGAUGGUCAACGACUCGCUAGGGAAAGGAUGAACUUCCUAGGCGAGGUAAAGAAGACGGGGCUCUCUCUAGACCCCGACGUUACUGAGCAGCUGAGUACAGACCAAGACACCCGUCCGAAGCAGAUCAUUAAAAUUCACGCCCCCUUUAAUGUAUUGAGCCAAGUGGCUGAAAAGAUGAGGCUAAAGAUGCCUUUGAACGUGGAGAGCAUGGAGACGCCAGCCAGCUUCCCGCAGAAAUUCCUGAAGUAUUUUGGGACGGAUGAUGAGGCUGACUAUUUCAGCGCACCUUAUAGACAUGACAAGCAGAAUAUAUUCAAAGGAAUUGAGAACAAGACUACAUUUUUUCGGCCAGCUGUGAGAUCUCUAAUUGUUAAUUAUAUUCUAAAUGGGAUCCAUAUACCUAUUGAAGGCCACAAAGAUAAAGCUAACUUUAAUGAAGAUAUAGAAAUGCAGCCUUUUAUUCAGACUGAUGACACCAAGAAAGAUCACAAGAAGGAUGGAAAAUUGAACAAUGUUCCCAGCUUAUCAUAUUUAUUGAUGGAGAAAGCAUUUACAUCUGCCUUCACCCUGCAUGAAGGACCGGAAAAUCAUCUUGGAUAUUUACCUGGAGCAUCUUCAGUUCAAGAAAAUGGUGGUCGCCAUAACAGCUGGAUGGAUCUAAAUAAUCUGUGGGCUAAAACCUACAGAAUGCAGCCUUUGUGGAAGAUUAGAAACUAUUUUGGUGAAAAGAUUGCAUUUUAUUUUGCUAUGAUGGAAGUUCUUUUACUCACCUUCAUCCUUCCUGCACUCUGUGGCUUGGCUAUUUUCAUUUAUGGCCUUUAUAACAGCGUUUCCUGUCACAAUGCCAUCAGUGAUGUAAACACAAUCCUACAGGGAAAUAGUUGUAGCUUAGUCUGUUCAACGCCAAGUAUGGUCCCAGAGGUUGCUGAAGAGGCAGCCAAUCAAAUCAGGAAUAUCUGCGACAAUAUCGCUGCAAGGAAGAAGAAUAUUGAACAAAUAAUGAACAGGAUUUGUGCUUUUGAGAACCACAGUGAUUGUACUUUUCAGAUCUUGCCAGAUGAUGGUUUGGGUGUGUUCAAGUCUUCUUUGGACAACUACGCAUCUCCGCUAUUUGGAAUGAUCGUUUGUCUAUGGGGAACGAUAUUUUUGGAAUUCUGGAAGAGGAGGAAUGCAGAACUGGUGUAUGAGUGGGACGUUGAAAGUUAUGAAGACGAUGAACUCAUCAGGCCGGAAUAUUACGGAACAAAGCCAGAUCCAAUUACUGGUGAACUUGAUGCCUACUACUCAAUUUCCGGUCAACGGCUGAAAUUUGUCCUUUCAUUUUCAGUAGGAAUUUUAAUGGUGGGCUGUGUAUUCAUCAGUGUCCUGGCCGUGGUUGUUUAUACAACCUGGGCGAGAUUUAGAACGACAGACUCCGGAUCAUUUGCGCAAUUUUGCUUAACUACAGUCAUUGGUUCAUUACUCAAUGCGUUAUCCAUUUUCCUCAUGGGAAAAGCUUACCGGAUAAUUGCAGUGAGAAUGACAAACUGGGAAAACCACAGGACUCAGACCGAAUACAACGAUGCCCUGAUAAUAAAAUCAUUUGCCUUCCAGUUUGCCAACAGCUAUUCCCCUCUGUUUUACAUUGCCUUUGUGAGAACGAACAACGAGCAGUAUUUCACGAGAAUCGGUUUGCCCGGUUUAACGGAUAAUUGUGGAGAGCUGAACAAUUGUAUGUUGGAACUUAGUUUUCAACUGCUUACACUAAUAAUCAUGGAAACACUUCCAAAGUUCGUAAAGGAUAUUUUCUCACUAUAUUGCAGUAAAAAAAAAACUACAGCAGACUGCAGUGAUAUAGAUGAGUACAUCCUCCAGGAAGACCAGAAACCUGAUGUUGGAGACUUCACGUUGGAGGAGUACACUGCAAAGGUCAUACAGUACGGUUACCAGAUGCUUUUUGCCGUCUCAUUCCCACUGGGACCAUUGCUUUUUAUCCUAAUCAAUUUAUUCGACAUGCGUCUGGAUGCUAGGCGACUAUUACGGACAAACAAACGCCCCAUUGCUCACAUGGCUCAAGAUAUAGGUCAAUGGUUCACAAUUUUAGAACUCAUGAACAUUGUGGCCGUGGUGACCAACGGGUGCCUCAUUGCUUUCACCUCAGAAUUUGGGAGAGGGAGACAUUUUUACGAGAAACUUGCCAUUGUGAUGGUUUUUGAGCAUGUUGUGUUUGUCGUGAAAAUUCUGCUGUUGAUAUUUAUACCAGAUGUACCGCGAGGAAUUAAAAUGGCAAUAAAAAGGGAAAAAUAUGAGGCACAAAGGAUAAUGGAAGCUGAAUGUGGCCACUAAUGGCUGAAGUGCAACAUUUCUAUAUGAACUACAGUGAACACACUCAAACUUACAAAGCUUUGCAUAUGAAGGAAACUUGCUGAAUUGAGAAGAAUGACCACAGUAUGCAGCAGGCAGUGUGAAUUGCAUGAUUUGGAUUUGGAUUCAAUUUACUGUCAUUGUCUUCAAUUAAGAGACAACGAAAUACUAUUUUCCUUACAGUCAUACAAGUAAAAAAUACACAAAACACAGAACAUAGUAGUCCACAACACAAACAUCCCCACAGCAGCACCAAAGUUCCCCACUGUGAGGGUAGGAACCAAAGUCCAGUCAACCUCCUCGCCGAUGUUCCCUAAUGUUCACCCAUGGUCGUGGCCUCCCGAGCCCCCUGCAGUUGCCGCUACGGGCGGCCCGAUGUUCAGGCCCUCUCGCCGGGAACGAUGGAACCCCGACGUUAAAUCGGCCACCUCCCACCGGAGUCCGCGGCUCCCAAAGUCCACACUGGGCGGAGAUUCACGCUGGUGACCCCCGACAACAGGUCCCAGGACUCCGCGAUGUUAGUCAGCGCCGCCCGCGUUAGGAGCUCCGUGAACCACAGUUCCGCGAUGUCGAUGCAACAGGCCCAACACUCUGGAGCUCCAAACGGCGAUCCCAGGUGAGGCAUCGCCCACUCCGCAAUGUAUCCAGCGCUGCACCGCUGCUGCUGAAGCCCCUUUAGGAAAGGCCGUGACAAUCCAGUUGGAAGGCCGCGAGGCGGGGGGGCGAGGGCACGACUCGGAUAAUUCUCGCAUCCUCGCCAGGAAGUGACUGAAGGACAGUUUCCCCCUUACCCUACCCUCUUCCCCCCACAUAAAACACAAAAUAAACCGAAAGAACAUACUUUAAACAUAACAAAAAAUAAAAAAGAUACCAGACUGAAGGAGGAGGCAGCCAGCAACAGCCCAACCAGAUUGUAUGAAGUGGGCACCAAGUGUAAACAGCACAGUUUAUUAAUGCACUUAUUUUCUUGUAAAGGAUUUCAGUGGCAUCUUAGCAGGAUUUUCUUGUGUGUAGGUGCAUGUAGGUGUGUGUGUGUCAGAUAGAUGUGCCUGUGUAGGUACUUGUAGGUGUGCGUAGAUGGUUGUGUGUGUGUUUUUGUGUUGGUGUGUGUAAAGGUAUUUGUGCAUGUGCAUGCGUUUGUCUGUGUGUUUAGCUCUGUGACCACAUUGUGUGUGUGUGUGUCUGUACAGUUAAGAAGAUGACGCCUGUGAAUUUUCCAAUUGAUUUUUAGCUAAUGUCACAGAAAGCUGAAGCUGGUGGGAGGAGGGACUGAUGUUUUACUUUGUCCUGGGGGUAAGACUGCACUGUAACAUUUGCCCAUGAAAACCUUUUAGUCAUUGAAAAUCGAUGGCUCUGUGUUUUUUUUGGUUUAAUUGCACUCUUAUGAAUUUUAUCCCUUGACGACUGUGUUCUUUGUUUCUCUUCUCCCUCGACCCAUCAUUCUGUUUUUAAUUUCUUUUUUGUUCCAACCAUUGACAAGGAUAUUAAAUAAAAUGUGAGACAGAACC